GCCAGUGCGUCGGUUUACGAAAGCGAAACGUCGUAGAGCCUCUUCAUCAUCGUCCGUUCCCAAGCGGCGACUAUCAGCCCACUCUGCGCUCGCCUUAGCAACACACACACACACUCACUCCACUAUUUUUGAACGCUUACUAUAUGGCUCCUCAGAUCAAGCAAGACUUGAAUCGCUCCGGAUGGGAGACUACCGACUUUCCGUCCGUCUGCGAAAGAUGUCUCCCGGAUAAUCCAUAUGUCCAGAUGCUGAAGAGCGACCAUGCCAUGGAAUGCAAAAUAUGCACGCGGCCUUUCACUCUAUUCACAUGGAAGGCAGACAGGACAUCACGACAGAAGCGCACGAACAUGUGUCUUACCUGCGCCCGGCUAAAAAACUGCUGUCAAUGCUGUAUGCUUGAUCUGCAAUUUGGUCUUCCGAUCGUGAUUCGUGACCAGGCGCUGAAGAUGAUCGCGCCUGGUCCAAACAGUGCAGUCAACAGAGAAUAUUAUGCGCAGAAUCAUGAGAAAGAGAUUGAGGAGGGUAGAGGAGCAAUCCUGGAGGCAUAUGAAAAGUCCGACGACAAGGCAAAAGAACUGCUCACGCGUUUGGCACGUAGUGAGCCCUACCGAAGACAGCGUGCGAUCGAGGACGAGAAAGACGGCAAGAAAGCUCUUCCAGCACCUUCUGGCCCUGGCCCGAUCCGUACACGAGACACUAGAGGGGCAAGAGGAGGAAUGCGUGGAGGCCAGUCAGGUCGGGGUGUUGGUAUUGGUGGUGGUGGAAAAUUUCCCAGUGCAGCACAACUACCCCCACAACCGCAUGACAUCCUCCCGCCAGCGGAUCCUAACAUAGUCACUCUGUUUGUUACAGGUGUGGAUGAAGACCUUCCAGAGCAUGAACUUCGGACUUUCUUCACUCAAUAUGGCACACUCAGGUCCCUUGUCUGCUCACACAGGGCACAUUGCGCAUUCAUAAAUUACGCCACACGUAAAUCUGCCGAGUCAGCAGCGGAUGCAUGUCAAGGAAGAGCUGUUGUCAGAGGGUGUCCGUUGAGGGUACAAUGGGGCAAACCAAAGCCUCUAGACAAUACGGACCAUGAGGAGCGACUUAAGAAUGCCAGGGCAGGGCGACAGACUGCAAAGGCUAUCCAGCAUAUGUCUGCACCUGGCACUGUUGAUGCGACUGGUAGAGCGAUUGUAUCCGCUGAGGAGGAUUUGGAUAACUUGGCUGUCAUGGCAGCGCCGCCAGGACAGGAUGAUGAGGCUAAUUACGCCAGUCUGGCAGGGAAUUGAAUGGCAAUCGUUUUCACUAGGGCACUGCAUGGGCGGCGUUACGGAAUACCAAAAGCAUGGCCGAAUGCACAAAGCACGUAUGGAGUUCAAAGGCGAAUUUCUUACGAGAAACUGGGUUUCCCACUUAAAUUAGUUUGCGGACGAUUGGUCUUGCCGCGAGGCAUCUUAACAUCUUGGACGCGUGGCAUCUUUAUAGACUCAUUGUCUCCUCGCUCAGUAUGCUCAUGUAUUCCUAGUUCUGGUGGGGUUCAGUUUCACUAUCAAGCUGAAUGAGAGUAAAUCAAUACUCACUGUAUCUGCCAUCUUCUUCUUGC